ACGUUCCCCGCCCAGCCGAGGGUCCGUCAGCUCCCGGCUCUGCCGCAGCCCGGGUUCCCCAUCCGACCCGCUCAUUCCCGGAUCACCGGCGCCGGGACGGGUCCCUGUUCGCGGGAGGAGUCCCCCCGCGCUGCCUGACCCGUCCCCCCGUGUCCUGCCCCAGGGCUGUUUGUGCUGGAGCACCACAGCCUGCCCCACGCCAGGUCGGCUUUCCUGACCCCGGAGCAGCUGGGAGGGAUCCAGUUCGACCUGCAGCUGCUGUGGAGCGCUCAGACCUUCGACUCGCCCUCCCAGCUCUGGAGAGCGACCAGCUCCUACAACAGGAAGGACUACUCCGGCGAGCACAGCAUCUCUUCUAGAAGAGGCGCACUGCCGGACCGCAUCCUCACUAACAGGGAGGGGCUGGAUGAAGCGGUAAAGGUUGAGGGCUGCCUUGGCUGCAGCGCCCAUGAGAUGGUGGAGUUCAGGAUCUCGUGUGGCCGGAGCAGGACAGAAGCAGAAUUGCAACCCUGGAUUUCAGCAAGGCAAACUUUGGCCUUUUCAGGCAAUCGCUGGGGGAAAUCCCAGGGGCAAGUCUGCUUGAAGGUAAAGGGGCCCAAGAUAGUUGGUUAGUGUUCAGGGACUGUUUCUACCGGGCGCAAGAUGAGAGCGUCCCGACACGUAGGAAGCCAAGGAAGGGAGCCAGGAGCCCUGCGUGGCUAAACAGGAACUGCUGGGUAAGCUCAAGUGGAAGAGAAGAGUUUCUAGAUCAUGGAAGGAGGGGCUGGCCACUUGGGGAGAACGUCAGGCUGUUGUCAGAGGGCGUAGGGAGGCAACUAGGAAAGCUGAGGCCUCCUUAGAAUUACACCUGGCGAGAGGGGUCAAGGACAACAGGAAGAGCUUUUUCCAAUGGGUAGCAGAUAAAACUGACAGCAGAGGCAAUGUAGGCCCACUGAGGAACGGGGUGGGUGCCCUGGUGACAGAAGAUCCAGAGAAGGCAGAGUUACUGAAUGCUUCUCUGUCUCUGCCUGCCCUGCCGGCGGCUGUCCUGAGGAUCCCGCACCGCUGAGGCCCCAGAGGAGGGCAGGACAGUGGAGCAGUCUGCCUGGUUGAUGAGGACCGGCUUAGGGAGCAGCUGGCAGUCAUCCAUAAAUCCAGGGGUCCGGACGGGAUGCACCCGCGGGUGCCGAGGGAGCUGCCUGAGGCCAUUGCUGGACCGCUCUCCAUCAUCUUUGCCGAGUCUUGGGAAGCGGGAGAGGUGCCUGAGGGCUGGAGGAAAGCAAAUGUCGUCCCUCCUUGAGGGAGUGCGGUCUGGAUGAGCGGGCGGUGAGGUGGACUGGGAACUGGCUGAAGGGAAGAAGCCAGAGAGUCGUGGUCAAUGGGGCAGAGUCCAGCUGAAGCCUGUAUCCAGUGCAGUGCCUCAGGGGGCAGUGCUGGGGCCGGGACUGUUCAAUAUAUUCAUCAAUGAUUUGGACGAGGGAACAGAGUGACUGUCAGCAAGUUUGCUGAUGACACCGAGCCGGGAGGAGUGGUGACACUGGAAGCUGUGCUGCCAUCAGAGACCUGGACAGGCUGGAGAGGUGGGCAGGGAAAAAGGUUCUUGAUCCCCAUCGCCUUCCAGCAGACAAACCGCCCGGUUCCUGUCGUCUGCUCCCUGAACACGGAGUUCCAGCUCUGCAACAACGAGAAGGUGUUUCUGAUGGAUGCCACCUAACCCGGAAUGUCCCUGGCAGAAAUGGAUUACAAAGGGGCUUUUUCAAAGGGGCAAAUCCUUUACGGCCGCGUGCUCUGGAACCCGGAACAGAACCUGAACGCCGCCUACGAGCUGCAGCUGGAAAAGGUCUAUCUGUGCACGGGCAAGGACGGGCACGUGCCUUUCUUCGACCCGACCGGCACCGUCUAUAACGAGGGGCCCCGGUACGGCUGCAUCCAGCCCAACAAGCACCUGAAGCACCGAUUCCUGCUCUUGGACCGAACGCAGCCCGAGGUGACCGAUCAGUAUUUCCACGACGUGCCUUUCGACGCCCACUUCGCUUCCGACCUGGCCGAGUUCCGCUCCGUCAGCAGCGCGCCCGGAGGCGACGGCUUCACGCUCAGGGUGGACGCUCUCUACAAGGUCCGUGCCCAGGGGGUCGGGGGCCCCAAAACUCCCGUCUCUGCCCGGGACGUCCCGGGUUCACUGGGUGAAUGGCGGGCGCCGGGCCCGACGCCGCGCAGAGACACCGAAUCCGCGCUGGGGAGGCUCUGGCAGGAUUUUAUAUCCCGAUUUCCCCAGACGGGCCGUAUUUGUCCCCCAGUGGCCUGUGUCUGUUGUACCGUAAAUGAACAGCGGAGCCAGGUACCAAACAAACUCUAGCACGGGAAAGAGAGGUGAGGAAUUUAUUGUGGUGAUGAAGGCGGUUUGUUCUUUGAAAGCAGUCGGGAAAGGAGCUCCUUAGCACCAGUUUAUGAACGUUCCUGAGUUGAUUACUGCAGUUGCCAAAGACAGAUGAGAAGGCUGAACACCCCACUUGGUGAUGACCCCGAUUGCGGGGGCUCCCAAACCACCCCGAGCUGCUCUGUUGGUGUUUGCAGGAGCCAGUGAAGGGGCAGCGGCUGAACGGGGGAGUCAAAGCGCAGAACGCUCUGCAGGACCGGACGGAAGUUUAACGCAGCACCUGCUUUGUGUUGGUGAGAAACGCCUUUCAUGAAUUGUGAAAAAAAUAGACGACUUUAUAAAAAGGUAAGAAAAGUUGUGCUGUUGUUUUUAUGCUCUGGGGGAGGGCGGAGCGGCUCCGGCAGCGACCCCAGGGCUUUGGGAGCUCUCAGCAGCCCCGGGAAACCCCCGUUUAACACCCGGGACGCGGCGCUUGCUGCAGAAAAUGCGGCAGAAGCGUCCAGAAAGCCCAAGUGCAGCGCUGGGGCUGGGGGCUCGGGGCUGGGAGGUUCGUUUUGGGGCGGGGGCGGCAGCGCCAGUGGUUGUCCCAGGAGGGGGAGAGUGAAGCGGGAGCACGAACCGGGGCUGCCCGGGGGUCGCUCCCCUGUGAGUCCCCCGUGUGACAGUCCCGGCCCCGCUGUCCCUGCCCCGGCUGCGGUGCCGCCGAACGGACACGAGAUGGCGCUGCGCUCUGCAGGGCCGCGCGGUGUCCGCCAGGCGGCGCCAUCCCGGGCUGCGGCGGGGGCGGGACCGAGUGAGAGGGGUCGGGACCGAGUGAGAGGGGCGGAACCGAGAUCGGAGGGGGCGUGGCCAACCCGCUCGGCCGCGCCCCGAGCGCAGCUGAGCCCGCCGCGGGGACGCGGUGGCCGGUUCUGAUUGGGUCGGUGCUGGUGCCGCGUUUGUUCGGUGCGUUCCCCUGUGUGUCUGGUUGGUGUUGGUGCCUCGGUUGUUUCACGGCAGCGCAGCCGAGCCCGCAGCGAGGACGUGCUGGACACGGACGGGGCGUGAAGGAGCUGCAGGUGCCUGCGGGCAGGUCCCGGACAGAGGCAGCGGCGGGCAAGGGUUAAAACCUACAAUGGCCUCAAUAAAGGGGUGGUGGAAAGUG